CCCCCUGCAACCGAAAAGCAACCAUCCAACCCUAAACCUGGAAAACGCUCUUCAUACAUGGCUUUGAGAUCCCCAUUUCGUUCGUCUUCAAUCUCUCAAAACCCAUCUCUGAAAGGUAAUAUUUCAUCUUUGUUAGCUCACUUGCACAACCUCACAACUUCAAGCUCCAACAAUGAAGUUUUGUAUUCUUUCGAAAAACCCCUAGAACGAUCCUCACUUGCUAAAUUCCUCAAAGAAAACUGUCGAUCAGGUAACUUUACUCUGAAUGAAGCAUUGAACUUUUUUCAUUACAUGAUUAAUUCGCAACCCAUCUCUCCAAUUUCAUCAUUCACUACUUUGUUUAGUGCACUGGCAAAGAAGAAGCAUUAUUAUGAAGUGAUUUCUCUUUAUAAGUGGUUGAAUUCAACUGGGUUGUCUCCAGAUUUAUUGUAUUUGAACGUUUUGAUCGAUUGCUUGUGUGAGAUUGAAAGGGUUUCUGAUGGUUUUGCCGUUUUGGGGGAGAUUUUGAAGAAGGGUUUCGGCCCUGAUGCUAUGACUUUUAAUUGUUUGAUCAAAGGUCUGUGUGUAGAGAGAAAGAUUGUGGAGUCGAUGGAAUUGUUUCAGAAAAUGGUUGAUGUUGGUUGUAGGCCUAAUGUGAUCAUUUACAGCACUUUGAUUGAUGGAUUGUGUAAAACGGGGAAGAUAAGUGUUGCCAUUAAGUUGCUUGAAGAGAUGGUUGAUGGGAAUAAAAAAUCUGGUGUUAUUUGUAGGCCAGAUGUUGUUACUUAUACUACUAUAAUUGAUGGUCUUUGUAAGGCUGGAUUAAUUGAGAAGGCUAGAAAAUUGUUUUUGGAAAUGAAGGAUUCUGGAAUCAGUCCAAACACAGUCACUUAUACCACUCUAAUUCAUGGUUUUUGUUGUGUGGGUGAUUGGGAGAAGGGUAGAAGUUUAUUUAUUGAAAUGAUAGAUCAAGGUGUGCGGCCUUGUGUGGUGACGUUUAAUGUGCUCAUAGAUGAACGUUGCAAGAAAGGGAAAUUGCACGAAGCAAAUAGGUUGUUGGAGCUUAUGAUUCAGAGAGGUGUGGUUCCUAACGUUUAUACUUACAGCAUUUUAAUGAAUGGAUUGUGUAAAACAAGGAAGAUAAGUCCUGCAAUUAAGUUGCUUGAAGAAAUGGCUAAGGGAAAUGAAGAAUCUGGUGUUAUUUGUAGGCCAAAUGUUGUUACUUAUAGUACUAUAAUUGAUGGUCUUUGGAAGGUUGGAUUAGUUAAGAAGGCGAUAGACUUGUAUUUCGAAAUGAAGAGUUCAGGAACUACUCCAAACGUAGUCACUUAUAACAUUUUGAUCAAUAUGCUUUGUAAAAAUGGACAACUAGAAAAGGCAAAUGAGUUGUUGUCACAUAUGGAGGAAAAAGGUUGUGCUCCAGAUGUAAUCAAGUUUAAUACCCUAAUGUUCGGUUUCCUCAAGAAUAAUAAGAUACCAAAAGUUGUUGAACUCCUUCAUAAGAUGGCAAAGAGAAAUGUGAAGCCGACUGAAUGUACAAUGUCCUUAGUCAUGCAGUUGCUAAUGAAGGCCGAAAAUUAUCGUGAAUGUUUGAACCAGCUUCCUCAAUUUCUGGUCCAAAAGCGAAAUUGAAGUUUACAUGAUAAAACUUUAGUGAGUAUUAUACUUUUUCUGGAGUAGAAUCCUGCAAAAGUUCAUCCAGCUGCCCAAAUGCUCUGUUUUGGUUACAGUAAGAAGAAAGUUCAGAAAACACUUUCAUCUGUUCGAAUUUGAUAGGGAGGGUGAUGGGGAUGAUCGAGAAUGAUGGCUUCCCUGAUUAGACAUACGAU